GACUGCAGACACAGUACAGGAGAUGACCAGAGACUGCAGACACAGUACAGGAGAUGACCAGAGACUGCGGACACAGUACAGGAGAUGGACCAGAGACUGCGGACACAGUACAGGAGAUGACCAGAGACUGCGGACACAGUACAGGAGAUGGACCAGAGACUGCGGACACAGUACAGGAGAUGACCAGAGACUGCAGACACAGUACAGGAGAUGACCAGAGACUGCGGACACAGUACAGGACAUGACCAGAGACUGCGGACACAGUACAGGAGAUGACCAGAGACUGCGGACACAGUACAGGAGAUGACAAGAGACUGCGGACACAGUACAGGAGAUGACAAGAGACUGCGGACACAGUACAGGAGAUGACCAGAGACUGCGUAC